GUGGCCUCCCAAGGCGGAAGCGAGCGGGCGAGGCGCAGCGGGCAAUUGAAAAGUUGGCGGACGGCCGGGUUGAGGCUGCAAGCGGUCGGCGGCCUCGCCUAGCCAAUCGAAGCCUGGAGGAGUGGCGGUCUGAGGAGACUGUGGACGAGGAGUGUGGGCUGGUGGUGACUUUCUGCAAGAGAGGGAGCGUGAUGCCGCACUCGAGAUACGACUGCACCACUCACCCAUUUGAGCAGACUGAGAGCGAGGCGGUGCUUCCCGUCGGCCGGAACACGGACGCCUGCAGCCAGUGCUACUGCUACAUGUGCGACGUCCCGGCCUCUGAGCACAGGACUCGGGAGUGUCCUCAGAGACAGAAGAGAUGGCGUCCAAGAAGAGGGACGUCACAGAGGAACACCAGGACCGGAGUGCUCUCUGUCUCCUGGGACCGACGGCACUGCCCGCCACAGACGGGGGCUCGGGACCACAGGCCAGAGGCCGAGACCCAGUGCCUGUUUUGGACAACGCCGGCCCUGUGCCACUGCAACGCCCACCACAAGAGCAGGCACUGGAAGGAGCAGUGCAGCCUGGCGCUGGCUGGCACCCUCGUCACCUUCAACCUGGAGCCCUUGGAGGUCAACGCGGACCUGCGGCGUGGGGGGGAGCGUCUGCUGCAGUUCAUGCGGGAGCUCGCCGGGGCAUACGCCCGGUACCUCCGCAGAGAGAGGCUGCAGGACUCGCAGGCCUGCACCUGUCGGUUGCAGCCACACUCAAGACGCUGCCCCCUUCACCAGCGGCCCCAAAAGGAGCCUGUGCACCGGUACUCAGAGGUCUUUGAGCUGGUGUCCUCCUGCGUCAGCCAGGCAGAGCGGGAGCACCCGCAGGCCUCCACCGUCAUGCUGCUGGGCACCGUGAAGGAGAUCGCGGUGCACAAGGACCCUUCCUCGGCCUGGCGGGAUGCUGGAAGCCCCGGGGCUCUAAAGUUGGCGGUACCUGUGCUCAUGGCCAGGUUCACGUAGCCUUUGAGUCCACGUGAUGACUGUUGUCACAACAAAUCCCAACGACGGUGCCGGGAGUGUGCACCCCUCAAAGAGCCCCUACCACCCCCAGGCUGCGAGCGCUCCGGGACAAGGUCCCCUUCUACCUGUGCAAGUGUGGGGACUUCGCCAGCACCGCCAACGCGCUGCUGGUGCCCCUGUGUGGCCUGGCCUGCUGCACUGCCUGCCGGCUUGCGUCCAGCCACUUCGAGAACUACCUGAAGAUGUUCUGGACGGGCAGCGUGCCCAUGGGUAACGACCUCCUCGGCACUGACCAGUGGGCAGUCGGCAUAGGCCCCUCCGCAUUGCUGGGCACACCACGGCUCGCAGGCGGGCCCCAAGGGUCGCGGCCACCCUCUGAGCACCCGUGUUGCAGAUGCG